UGGACAGCUAUCUGAACUCGGAUGCACUGGCCAGGUAGACAGGAAAAGCCCCGUGAACUUUUGAAUUUCAUUUCCUGUUUGGCCAGCGUGGAGCUCUGAUCAGCACAGGUGACCACGCAGAGCUCAUCAGCACAGGUAACAAUGCAGUCUCCUGAGAAUAGAAAAAGAGCUCCAGCAUAGACCACACGGGAGGUACUGGAUCUGAUCGCUAUAUGGGGAGAGGAUUCAGUGCUAACAGAACUCCGUUCAAAAAGACGAAAUGAAAAAACUUUUGAAAAAAUUUCCAAGACCAUGAAGGAGAGAGGCCACACCAGGGACUCAGUGCAGUGCAGAGUGAAAGUGAAGGAGCUCAGAGAAGCCUAUCAGAAAACCAAAGAGGCAAACGGAAGGUCUGGGGCAGGGCUGAAAACAUGCCGCUUCUACGCUGAGCUGCAUGCAAUUUUAGGGGGCUGCGCCACCACUACGCCCCCCCCCCCCGUCCUUGGAUUCCGUGGUGGGGGUUGUAAUCUCAGCCAUGCCUGAAGAUUAUGCGGACGAGGAAGGUGAGGAGGAAGAAGAGGAGGACGAGCUUGAAGAGAGCACACAGCACUCUGUUAGCCCUAACAGCCAGGAGCUUUUUCUGACCCAGACGGAAUUACCGUCCCAGCCCUCCCAAGCCACUAGCCCAGACAGUGAAACCAUGGAAGCAACCUCUGCUGCACAUUUUUCAAGCCUCCCUACUCCAUCCCGAAGGCUAGCUCAGAUAAGGCGGAGGAAGAAGAGGACGCGAGACAAAAUGUUCUCUGAAAUCAUGAAAGUAACCUGCAAUGAAAGAGCUCAUCUGAAUCAGUGGAAGGACGUGGUAUCAAAUUACAGGAAAGAUGCCAGUGAACGUGAGGACAGGAGAGACGCUCAAGAUGAGAGGUGGCGGCAGGAAGAUCAGAGGUGUAGGCAGGAAGAUCAGCAGUGGCGGAAUGAAACGCUGGGGCUGCUGCGUGAUCAAACUGACAUCCUCCGACGUCUGGUGGAGCUUCAGGAAGAGCAGCGAGGUCACAGAGUGCCGCUGCAGCCCCUGUGUCACCACCCUCAGUACUCACCAUGUUCCAUAUCUUCCUCACCCAGACGUGUAAGAACGCGUGGGGGAAGGCUUUGUACACCCACCCACUCCACCCCUGUGGACAGUCCAACCAAAAGGCUGUCAUUACAUUGAAAUGAUUUUAGUGGCCUUUUCCUUCCCUCCUAUUCUCCUCCCAAACUGCACCCGGGCUACCUUGCCAGUUCUCUCCCUCUUUUUAUAAUGAGCUUUUUAAUAAAGAAUACAUGAUUUUUAAACGA